CAGCGACCCCUAACCGUGUGUGUGUGUGUGUGGAUGCGGGUUUGAACGUUCGUUGAGUCUCUCACAGUCUGUGGGCAGCAGGGACAUCCCUCGGUUGUCUGCAACCCCCUUCUACACACACACACCCCCAUCUAUAUUCGAAAAUAUUUUCAAUCUUUUACACAAAUGUUAACUUGAAAAUUGAUUUUUCAGUUAGUUGGCAAAUUCUACUUGCCUAGUGUCUAGUGUGUGUAAGCGUGUGGAUUUGUUACCGGCGUGAAACAACAACAGUUUUUCGAAAAAUAUUAUUUUACAUCCACCCCUCCAUUCUGAGUUUAACGCCGCUAGAGUGUGUGUGUGUGUGUGUGUUGGCGUUUUUGUCUAUCUCUGGGAUUAUAUAUUUUUACUACACGUUAAAAACUUGCAGUUUAUUCUCACAGAUGGAGUAGCCAUCAACGUCAACAAUACGAAAAGACACGCAUUUGAAAAAAAGAAACGACGUUUUCCAUUGAAAUCAUUCGAUUCGAGGAUUUACUUUCAUUUUUUGAACUGUGGAAUAUACUUUUCUCGGUGCUCCUGUCGUCUCUUACUAGAAGAGAAAGAAGAAAAAGGAACAAAGAGAGGUUCAUUCCCCUCACGCCACAUGCAGCCCGGAUCCUUGGCCAGCUUCAUUGGACCAGCUACAAGGAUCAGGCAACCGCCAUGGCCCAUCAGGCCGCAAGUAACAACCGGGAUGAAGGGGGAGGAUCGACAGAAGAGGACAGCGUCCUUCGCCUUCGAUGGAACAGCCAUGUGGAGAGUUUGCAGCAGCUCUUCGAAAACCUUCUUGAGCAGCAGCUCUUUGUCGACGUGACCCUAGCCUGCGAAGGUGGCUCACUCAAGGCCCACAGGGUCAUGCUCUCUGCUUGCUCCACUUACUUCAGACGUGUCCUCCACGAGGCUGGUUCCAAGAACCCAGUCAUCAUCAUGAGAGAUGUCUCUUACACGGAAAUGGACUUUAUCCUGCAAUUCAUCUAUCGUGGGGAGAUUCACGUGCCAGAGGCCAGGCUUCCCUCUCUGCUGAAAACAGCCAGGCUGUUGGAAAUCAGGGGACUGUCAGACAAGUUAGACCAGCCAUUUGACGAAACCAAACCCAGUGAGACAGAGAAACGAAAGAGAAGGAAUAGUGAUGAAGCCAUCAAUGGGUUUCACAGUCCUCCACACUCACCACAAGUCAACGGCAAAGCCAAGAAAUCCACUCAAUCCAUGACCAAAGAAGAAGACCUAGAAAACGAAGAAAUGGAUUCUGAUUUUGAUGAAACUGAUCACGGCCCAAUGAACAACGGACACAAUAAUCAUCAUUCGAAAAACGAAUGUAUGGACCAAAGAUUGACACCACCGACACCUCUGGAUCUGAGUAACGGCGAGAUUGGCGCCAGUGACGAAGAAAAUGAAGUUCCCAGUGGCCAACAAUCUGACAAGAAGAUUGCAGCAUCUCCAGUCCCAGUGCUGGUCAAAUGCGAAGCUGCAGAACUCAACCAAUCACAGCAAGGAGUUGACGAAGAAGAUGAUGAUGAAGAGGAUGAAACUGUUCAUCCCGAUCAAUAUCCAUUUUCCAUGCUGGCCGAUUCCGAUCAGAGUGGAGGUGGUGGCGCCGGUGUCGUAGUCCAGGCCGUUUGUCCGUUCUGUUUCAAGGAUUGCAAACGGACUGCAGAGUUGCGAGCCCACAUUCGUGCCCACACUGGCGAGAAACCUUUUCGCUGCGACAUUUGCUCGGCCCCAUUCGCCCGCUCGGCCCAUCUCAAACGACAUCGCCGUGUCCACACGGGCGAACGGCCGUUCGAGUGUCACAGAUGCCAAAAGACUUUCUCCCGCCAGGAUAAAUUGAAACUUCAUAUGGAUCGACAUCGCCUGAGGGAUACAGGCGGUAAAAUGAUUGUCGGUCGACCGAAAAAGAUCGCAGCCAAGAAGAAUGACGAUCUGCUCAACAUCAAUCCGAGCACUUCAUCCGCAUCCAGUUCAACUCCGACACCGACAUCAGUGGAGUUGACUGGUAUGGGUCAGUUUGCUUUCCCAGGAGCGCCGGCUCGUUCAGGACCACCUCAGUCGCCUAACGGUUCCAACCGGACCACGACACCUUCGCCCGGGUUACCCUACAGCGACAUGAACUACUUUUCACUCCUGUCACUCUCCCAGCGCGGAUUGACCAUUUCUUCGGCCACUUCUCAACAACAGACGCAACAACAACAGUCUGACUUGCCCUCGCCCACUGUCCCCAAUUUGCUCACUCCGCAAGCGUUGCAGGAAUUGUCGCUCUUCCGGCAAGGCAAUUCGAAUUCGACUCGCGGCCGUCAACAGCGAUCGACCCGCAGUACAGCUUCUGCCACCGUAACAUCUAAUCGUUCCAGCAGCCGCAGUAGCGUCGAAUCCGCCUCGGAGACGCUCCUGAAUUUCGCCCAGCAAGUGGGCGAAGUUGUAUCAUCGACGGCACAAUCAUCUUGACCGACCUCGUUGUUGAUUGUGUAAAAAUUAACUUGGACCAAAUCCUCCCAACCAGAAAAAAAGUUAGUGCCUCCGACAUCAGCGGAUUUAUUAUCGACCACCAUCUUCACUCAACACACUUUCACCUUCUUCAUCGUCUAGCUUUUGUUUUUAUGUCUCAAAGCGUCGCCAAAUGAGUAUCAUCGUGUGCUAAUUUGCAAAAAAAUUUAGAUGUAAUUUUAGUUUUAACAGUUUUUCUUUCGACAGACCCUGAAAUGUUUGAACAUUUUCCUGGGGAAAUCCUGCUUUGAAUCGUAGCUUUUCGUUACAUCGUCGAUUGACGGGCGUGGACGCGUGCAAUAUCGUGUGCAAGAUGACCAAUUCUUUAAAAAAAUUUAUAAAAAUUUCUAUUUGGGUCCGUUAAAAAGUUUGAUCGUUGGAUCAUUUUGAUUUCAUUAUUUUUCUCCCCCUUUUAAAUGGUGUGCGGGUUUCCUGCGCCCCAUCACUCGCUACAAAAGACGUUGUGUCGGAGGAUCCAUUUUUUAAAAAAUUCUUUGUUUCCGCCUUUAUCCCUUUUUACUAAAAAAAAAACAAGCAAAAUGGCUUUAUUGUGUUCAAUUUUUCGACAAAAAUUCAUUUGAAAUUCACUUUUUGCGUGCUAAAGAUCCUCGGUCAUGUUCACACUUUCUACCAAAGGCUCGUCUCGUUGUGAAAACAAAAACCUCUCCUUAAAUUUCGGCAAAAAUCUUUUCAAUCCUAAAAAAAAAAGAAUCAAGUGUGCAAUGAUGCCAUUCAGGUUAAUCCUUUCCUAAAACAAAAAUCCUAAAAAUUCUGUUUUUUUAAUUUUUUAACACAGAUUCUUUUUUUUUGAAUAUUCGAUUUAACUUUUGAUUAGAUCUUAAAGAAAUAUAUUUUUUCUUUUUGUGUGUUUUUGUUCAAGAAAAUUCUAAUCGACACAGACGCUGUAGAAGCCUGUUAACGACCCCGUGACAAUUCUAAUUUUUGCAUUUUUUUCGUGUGUUACUAUUUGUGUCAUCCAAUUGAUUUCCCCGUCACUCCCCCUUUAUUUGUUUAGAUUAUUGUUUAGAUAUUUUUUGGCGCUAAAACGCCGUUGCGUUCAGAAGAUCUCUUUUUUUGAAUUCAUUUUGUGUAAACUCACGACCAAAAUUUUGAAAAACAUUUUCGGACCCGGGACCCUCCAAUCACACAAUCGAAUAGCUUUAAACUUCGAUGCCUGCAAUUUGUUUUUUUUUUUUUGCUUAUUUUUCACCCCCUCCCAAAAAAUUUGAAAAUUGUUUAAUGGAAAAAUUAAUUGUUUCUUCGUUUUUUAGAUAUGAAAAAAAAAAGAAAAAGUUUCGUCUUCAUACGUAAAUUUUUAGAUUUCGGCAAAAAAACAAAACAUUAUCCCAGUUAUGUGCACCAAAUAGCCCCACUUUCGUCUACUUUAUUUCGAUUUUUUUUUAUUUCAAAGAAAAAUCUAUUUUUCGUGUGUGCGUGUUUAUGCGAUUUGGCUGGCCAGUUUUUCAACGUGUUUUUCUUAAUUUUUGCAUAAUGUGGUGGCCUCUAAAAAGAGGAACCCGCUAAAAGAAAUAUGUCUUCUCUUACACACGUUUUCAUGUCUAGCGCAAUUAACCCUCUUUUUCUUUUUCUACUUGUCACAAUCAACUUUCAUUGAUUGUGAGUGUUUGGACGUGUGUGUUUCUCCGAAUGGACGAGUGUGUCUAAAACAGCAACCUAAACCUAAGCUCUUAUAACCCAAUGAUUUUUGUACGCCGUUUCGACCCCCCUUAAAAAAAAACACAAAAUUCACUCUAAUCGAUUUAUUUUGGCAAAGAAAAAAAAAUGAAAAAUUUAAAUUUUUUUAUGUACAGGAAAAAAAACAAGAAAUUUUUGAAUUGAAAAACCGCGAACCCAGUGCUUAUAGACAUAUUUGUAUACAUAUACAUCCCAAAAAUUUUUUGAAAAAAAAAAGAGAGAACAUUUUAUUAAUUGAUGGUAAAUUGUUCUAUGGGGGGAUUCAUUUUUAUUUCGGAAAUUCAUUUUCAGAAAAAGAAAAAUAAUUGUUCUCUCAUUUGAUGGGGAAGGAAAUUCCUUUUUUAUUAAAUUUCGAUUCGGCGUGUUUCAAUUUUCUUUGUUGUCAACGUGCAUCUGUGUGUGUGUGUGCUGUGUGUAAAAGUGUUCUUUACACGAUCGACUAUGGUCUUUUUUUCAUUUUAGACGUGUGGUUUGUCUGAAUGCCUGUUGAUGAGCAAUCAAGAGCAAUUUUCAACUAUAUGACGAUUCGUCCAACAUUUUAUCGUUUAUUUUCUUUGAUUGUCGUUUGUCGGGUUUCAAACAGAUUAAUAAUAAAAUUGAAAAAAAAAAUUAA